AUGCUUCGCCGCAUGCUCGUGGCAUUGCUGUGCACGUCCGCCGCCGCGGGCUCCUGGGGGAGCUGGUUGUCCGGCGACGGCCAGAAGGAGGACCCCGCUGCUGCCAAAAAAGAGGCGCCGCCGUCGCCCGGCGCCGACGCCGCGUCCAAGGAUGCGAAGCUGCCGCCGCGGGCGCCACCGCCGCCGCCCAAAGGCGACGCCAAAAAGGACGCGCCCACCAAAAAGGAGCGCCCGCCGCGCCCGCCGCCGCCCCCGAAAAAGCCGCCCGUGCCACCGGCCGCCGGCAAGAAACCGCCCAUGCCGCCGCCAAAGGGAGACAAACCGCCCCCGCCACGGCCGCCGCCCGGGGCCGCGAAGAAGCCCCCGAUGCCGCCGCCGGGCGGCGCGAAGAAACCGCCCGUGCCGCCGCCCGGCGCCGCGGCCAAAAAGCCGCCGCCGCCGCCCCAAUGGAAGAAACCGCGGAUGCCGCCGCCCCGGGCGAGAGGGCCGCCGCCGCCGAGGGGGGUACCGAAGGAGGUACCACCGCCGGACCCCGAGGUCCAGGCCGAGAUGGAGGCGAUGCACGACUUCUGGUGCGAUUCCGAAAAAGCAGAGACGCCGCUCUGCGUCGAGAUCGCGGAGCGCCGCGCAGCGCUGGAGGCCGGCAAUCCAUUGCCGAUGCCGCGCAUUCGUGACGCCGGCAACAGGGACGAAGUGACGAAAAUGCACGACAGCUUCUGCGCCGUCGAGGGCAACGCGGAGUCCCACCCCUGCAAGAUGUGGGCGCGCAAGGCGGACCGCGAGCGGCGCAAGAAGUUGAGGCGGCGCGGCGGCAAGCCCGAGUUCAUGGAGCUCUGA